AUGGAAGAUGCACGUGUCCUUUCAUUAUCUGAUGACCAAAUGAAAAUAAUUGAAGGGCUCGUCCCUGUCCUUAAGCCAUUGUACAUUGCAACUCGUACAAUGUGCUCUGAAUUGUACCCCACUGUUGGAGGGGUUUAUCCGAUUCUUUAUAGCAUUAUUCGCCAUCAUUUAAAGGCAAACUCUACAGACUGUUCAGCAGUCUCGAAAUUUAAGGCUGAUGUACACGCAGACCUAGUUAAACGUCAUGGUGUCGAAUCCGAUGACAUUUGUACAAGCUUACCAAUUCUCUGCACGUUCCUUGAUCCUAGAUAUAGGUCACUGCCCUUCUUCUCACCAGAACAACGGUCUCGGGUCCAUACCGAAAUUUUGGCACAAAUUACCAAAUUUGAAAAUUCAUGCACAUUAAAUGACAGUCAAACACAUAGCCCUAACAAGCGUUGCAAACUGCAAUCGCAAGAUGAUAUGUCAUUUCUAUUAGGCGAUUACUAUGAUGCUUGCAGAGUAAUUAUCCCUCAAACCGCCACAGAAGAGGUUGAAAUGUAUGGGAAUGAAAAACCCAUACCCACUCCCCAAAAUCCAUUUAAAUGGUGGAAAGAAAACUGCGAAAAUUUCCCCAAAUUGGCGUUUCUUGCUCGCAAACUUGCAUGUAUCCCGGCUACAUCAGUACCGUCAGAACGAGUGUUUUCUCUUGCAGGAGGCACUGUUACCAAAUUGAGGGCAUCACUUGACCCUGAUUCUGUAGAUAAAUUAGUUUUUCUUCAUAAAACCUUUUCUCGCGCAAAGCCCUCAACGGAUAAUGCAAUAAAAGGGGACCUUUGCAAAGGGGACCUUUGCAAAACCGUUAAACAGGAAAUGCCCGAGUCCAGCAUACCAAACGCAUUGCCUCAGCUACCUAGCUUACCUGAUUUGUAA